CAUUGUAAAAAUAAAUCAAUAUCAUUGACAUUACUCGUACAAUGGCUGGCUAUCUAGUGAUUUCCCAAAAGCUAUAUUUUGUAAUUGGUCAAAUUGGUUCCCUAUAAUCAGAAAAUUAUUUCUGGACACAUAUUUUGUGAGUUUUACUUAUAAAUAAUGUCCUACAAUAAAUACAACACACGUCAGUCCGGUCGGUUCAACACGCCUUGUCACUUCAUACCAGCACAAGAGUAAAAUGCGGAGGCCCACUUGCCCUGUUCGCGGGCGGGUCGCCGCAGAGGAGAUGGGGCUACGCGACGCGUUCUAGUGCUCCGACUCAUGACUACUUCGACCAAACGCAGCAACAGCAAGGCUACACGCCGAUGCGGAAGCCGUACUCCGUGCAGAACCAACAUCAACAGCAACAGCACCAGCCGAAACAGUUCCAGCCACCACAGCCAGCACAAAACAUACAGACCAUACAGAACGAGGUAGAGAUGAAGUCAGAACCAAAUGCCCUCAAUACAGACGAGGAAGCGGCUCGUCCAUCCUGGAUGAAGUCUAAACUACCUGGAGUGAAGAAGAUCUCGAACAAGGAGCGUCGGCGGCGACAGAACGCGCACCUGCGGCGGCUGCUGACGCCCAAGAACGCGCUCAUGGCGCUCAACGAGCUGCUGCUCAACGAACAGAUACCCAACGAAUUCAAAGUGGAGCCAACAGCAACAAAGCAGUUCUACAAUCAGCCCACGAGCAACUUCUGUGCAGAUCUCACUGUGGAGGGGAACGUUUACAAGGGAUAUGGCGAGACUAAAUUGACGGCGCGUAACGCGGCCGCCGAGCAAGCCAUCCGCGACAUCAUGAUCAAGAAGAUGAGCAAGAUACUCAACUCCGACGGAUCACUGAACGGCGAAGCGGCGACCGACGAGGAGGCGGUGCCGAUGAUCCAGCUCGCGUCGUUUGCGCUGCACAAGCUGUUCACGGAGUGGGAGUGCGAGGGACACAAGGUGCCGCAGCUCAAGCCCGCGCCCGCGCCGCCGGAGGGCGACGAGCUCGAGGCGGCCGGCGCGGGCGCAGGCGCGGGCGCGGGCGCGGCCGCCGAGGCACGUCAGAAGAAGAAGGCAAAGCCGCGUGUGCUGCCGCUCAACGCUGCCAACAUGCACCCCUGCAUGCUGCUCACGUACAUGCGUCCGCAGCAGGAGUACCGCGAGCUCGGCGUCGCCGGCGACCGACCGCAGAACAUGAUUUUCACUGUCGGAGUGCACGUCGAUGGUGAGGUUUACACUGGCAAAGCGCCGAACAAGAAGGAGGCGCGCAAGGCGGCGGCGCGCGCGGCGUGCGCGGCGCUGUUCGGCGUGACGUUCAGCGAGCACGCCGCCGACACCACGCCCCAGCUGCCGCCGCAAGCCGCCGCCUAGGCACUUCACCAGAACAAGGCUGAUGAUGCUCAACUUCCUCUUCGUUAGCCUUUAGCCCAAGGCUCUGGCCGACGAGGCUGCCUCGAGACGCAUCUCGGAUUAAGGCAUUUUAUUAUCUGCCUUGGAGCGACGCGUUAUCUAUUUCGAUUUAGUUCAAAGAUACGCAGCUCACAAACUUGUUUCGCACAUACGAACCCUUGGUUCCAAUAACUACAUUAACCUUCCAGCGACAGCGCAUUUCUUCACGGUUCUAUCUUCCUUCUUUACUGUCGUGAAAUCUAAACUUUAUUGACCCAAUUCUUUUUAUCUAAAUAUCUCGUGACGAGGUCAUUAAAACUUUAUUUAUAUCUCAAUAGAAGAGAUCUAAAUAGUAUUUUAAACAAGUUAUUAAUUUUAUUGAAAAAUAUGAAAUAUUCUGUGCAAAAGACGAUUAUAAAAGAAAAAAAUCUAAAAUAAUGUAACAGUAGUAUAUUAUAUAACAUUAGUCACGUACUGUAAGCUGACUUAGGUAUGUAAGAUUUUAUGUUAGUAAUAAGUCUACUAUGUACGUUAAUAAAUAUUUUAAUCGUGA